CAGAACCAGAACCGGGAUAACAGAACCAGGACCGGGAUAACAGAACCAGAACCGGGAUAACAGAGCCGGGACCGGGAUAACAGAGCCAGAACCGGGAUAACAGAGCCGGGACCGGGAUAACAGAGCCAGAACCGGGAUAACAGAACUGGGAUAACAGAGGACGGCAGAACCGGGACAGCCCCGGGACAGGCGGCCCCGGUGCUGAGGGGGCGGCUCGGGGCCGGUGGCACCGGUGUGACAGCGGGUGGGGACAGCGGGUGGGGACAGCGGUGACAGCGGUGACAGCGGUGACCGCGGAUCGCGGCGGUGACGCCAGACCGGGACCAGGCACCGGAACUGCCCCAAUCCCCGGGAUCUGAGCCCGAACCCGGGAUCCUCUGGAGCGCCGGGAUCCGGCGGGAUCGGGGAUCCAGCACCAAACCUGACCGGGAGCUGAAAUCAAUCAAAUCCUCGGGAUCCGCCAUCAAAACCCACCAAAGAUCUGGGGUUUGGUGCUGACAGUGACCAAAUCUUGGGGAUCCGGCACCAAAACUGAACGAGGAUUUGGGAUUGGCUGCGGAUAUUGACCAAACACUCCGGAUCUGGGAUCGAACCCAACGGGGAUCCGGCAUCGAACCUGACUGAGGAUCCUGUGGGGGAUCCAUUGGGAUCCAUCAGAAUCCAUCGGGAUCAAUCAGGAUCCAUCGGCCAGGGUCAGGGAUCCAUCGGGAUCAAUCAGGAUCAAUCGAGAUCCAUCAGGAUUAAUCAGAAUCCAUCGCUAUCCAUUGGGAUCAAUCGGGAUCCACCAGGUUUGAUCAGAAUCCAUUGGGAUCCAUCGGGAUCAGUCAGGAUUAAUCAGAAUCCAUUGAGAUAAAUCAGGAUCCAUCAGAAUCCAUCGGGAUCCACUGGGAUCAAUUGGGAUCGAUCAGGGUCCGUCGGGAUCAACCAGGAUCCAUUGGGAUCCAUUGGGAUAAAUCAGAAUCCAUCAGAAUCCAUCGGGAUCAAUCAGAAUCCAUCAGGAUCAAUCAGAAUCCAUCAGAAUCCAUCGGGAUCAACCAGGACCCGCCGUCCCGGCCAUGCCGCGCGCGUUCCUGGUGAAGAAGCCGGUGGUGGCCACGGCCAAGCGCAACUGGAGCGAGCUCCCGGACGAGCAGCGCGCCGAGAUCUACGUGCCCAUCUGUCUGGGGGGCUGCCCCCUGCGCAGGGACCCCGAGCCGGCCGUGGGCGAGGCCCCCGCGUCCCCCCUGGACAUGACGCUGCCCCCCCGCGCCCCCCCCGGGCCCUUCCUGCACCCCAAGGGAAAGGUCCCCUCGGGCCCUUUGGGCGCCCCCCUCCCCCCGGGGCUGCCCCUGGCCGGGGGGGUCCCCGUGGGGGUCCCGGUGGCCGCGGGGGUCCCGGGGGGCUCCGAGCUCUUCUCGUGCCCCGUUUGCCACAAGAGCUUCGGCUUCCAGCGGAUGCUGAACCGGCACCUCAAGUGCCACAGCGAGGUGAAGCGGCACCGGUGCCCCUACUGCGGCAAGGGCUUCAACGACACCUUCGACCUCAAGCGCCACGUGCGCACCCACACCGGUGUCCGUCCGUACAAGUGCUCGCUCUGCGACAAGGCCUUCACGCAGCGCUGCUCGCUGGAGUCGCACCUGCGCAAGAUCCACGGCGUGGCGCAGCGCUACGGCUACAAGGAGCGCCGGGCCAAGCUCUACGUGUGCGAGGAGUGCGGCGGCACGGCCGAGAGCCAGGACGCGCACCUGGCGCACCUGCGGCAGCGCCACCCGCACAGCCCGCUGCUGGCCAAGCUGGCCCGCAAGGCCGCGGCCACGCCCGCGCCGCGCCCGGCCCCGCCCCGCGCCGCCCCGACCCCGUAGGGGAUGGAGAAAGGGGGCGGGGCCACGCCCGGCCACGCCCCGUGUGGCUCUGCCCCCGUAGAGGUGUGAGAAAGGGGGCGGGGCCACGCCCAGUCACGCCCUGUGUGGCUCCGCCCCUAUAGGGGACUCAUAAGGAAGGUGGGGCCAUGCCUGGUUGGGGAGGGACACGCCCAUUUAGGGGAGGGCACGCCCAUUUUGAAGUUAGGGGAGGGACACGCCCCAUUUAGGGAGGGACACACCAAGUGUGGGAGGGACACGCCCAUUUAGGGGAGGGACACACCCAUUUUGAGGUUAGGGGAAGGACACGCCCCAUUAGGGACACGCCCAUUUAGGGAGGGACAUGCCCAGUUAUGGGUAGGACACUCCCAUUUUGGGCAGGGACACACCCACUUUAGGCAGGGACACACCCAGUUUUGGGAUGAGGAAGAAACGCUCUUAGGCCACGCCCACAAGGGAAUUGUGGCUACGCCCAUUGUGUUGGGAUACGCCCCUUUUGGGCGGGGUCGGGGAGAGAAUUUGGUGUUGAAGCCACGCCCAUUUGGAAAAGAAGUCACACCCACUUUGCCCCCUUGGGAAUUAAAGCCCCUCUAUGC